UGUGGCCGUAAAACAACGUGUUUGUACAUGGUGGUGGAAAAUAAUCUUAUAUUUUGUAACUGAGAGUGCAGUGAGAGACAGCAGAACGAUAUCCCAUAUUGGAGAGAUGGCUUCUUUUAAACCCACAAAAAUCCAGACGUAUCCAAAACUAGGAGAGAGAGUGACUGAGGAUACACUUUACUGGAAAAACUACAAGGCUCCAGUGCAGAUAAAAGAGUUUGGUGCUGUCACAAAAAUUGAGUUUUCUCCUCAGUCGCCUUACAAUUAUGUUGUAACAGCUUCCACUAGGAUUCAGGUAUACGGACCACAUUCACAAGAACCUCUGCGGAGUUACACUCGCUUCCGGGACACGGCGUAUGGCGGGAGCUUCCGGGGAGAUGGAAAGCUGCUGGUGGCAGGAAGUGAAGAAGGGCUCAUUCGUCUGUUUGACAUCGGUGGCCGUGUAGCUCUCCGGCAGUUCACCGGACACUCGAAGGCUGUGCAUGUGACGUCAUUCCUGUCAGAUGGCUAUCGUGUUGUAUCAGGCUCUGAUGACCUGUCGUGUCGUGUAUGGGACGUUGCCAGUGGCACACAGAAUAGCUCUUACACUGAACACACCGACUACAUCAGAGCUCUGACGGCCAGCCGACUCAACCCAGACCUGUUCGUCACUGGCUCAUACGACCAUACAGUGAACGUGUUUGAUGUGCGGUUAGGUGGCAGCGUGAUGACCCUGCAGCAUGGCCAUCCUGUAGAAUGUGUGCUGUUUUAUCCCUCAGAAGCCCUGCUGGUGUCCACAGGAGGCCGGUAUGUGAAGAUUUGGGACAUGCUGAAAGGAGGCCAGCAACUCGUAUCUCUAAAGAAUCACCACAAAACAGUAACAUGUGCGUGUCUGAGCAGCACUGACAACCGACUGCUCACAGGCUCAUUGGACAGGCAUGUGAAGGUCUAUAAUUCCUCCUAUAAAGUUGUUCACAGCUUUGACUAUGCAACAUCUAUCCUCAGUCUGGCUGUCUCACCUGAUGAUGAGAUGCUUGCUGUCGGAAUGACUAACAGUGUACUAAGUGUCCGACACAGAAAGCACUCAGAGGACAAACAGGACGUAUCUGCCAGAAAAAGACGUGGUCCAUCAUAUCGGGUUUUCGUCAAAGGCAAAAACUACAUGCCCAAACAGGAUGAUUUCUUGGUCAGUAAGGCAGUCAAACAGCAUCUGCAGAAACAUGAUCGACUCCUGAAACGCUUCCAAGUAUCUAAAGCACUAGACACAGCACUGCAGACGUGGCGACGCUUUCAAAAACCAGAAGUGACGGUGGCUGUGAUGAUUGAGCUGAACCGCAGAGGAACGCUGAGGAACGCCCUCGCCGGUCGAGACGAACAGAGUUUAACCUUACUGCUCAACUUCCUCCUCAAGAACGUCACUGACACGCGGUUCUCCUCCCUGCUGCUGAUGGUAGCAGAUAUAAUCAUUGAUCUGUAUCACCAGGUCAUUCCUCAGUCUCCUGUGGUGGAACGUCUGAUGCAGCGGCUGAUGGAGCUGCUGGGUCGUGAAGCGGAGCUUCAGCAAGAGCUGCUACAGGUGCUGGGAAUCCUCGACACACUUUUUGCCUCUCUGACCCCAAAGAAGGAGGUAAUGGGUCCUGCAGCAGCAUCUCCCAUCAUGCAGGGGCCUCAGCUCCAGGCAGUCUGAGUUGGACCGGGACUCUUUACCUUGUAAUGGACUAGAAAGACGGUGCUGAACUUUUACAGACUGAGAGUUGACUGGCACACGAGACUCGAGGUUCAAAGCCAGACACCAGCUAUGGGACUUCAUAUUUGAGAUGAUUAUGAGAGAUGAUCACUGUUUCAGUGUUUGGUCAGGAUUUUACUGACCUUUACUGAGUAUUUGCAGAUGUUUUGUAUGUCCAUAUAAAAAUAUCUUCUCAACA